AUGAUAUCAUCAGGUUCCCAGUUGUUGGCCAUCAUAGUACAAAAAUUGGGUAGUUUAGCAUCUCUUCUCUCUCUCUCUCUCUCUCUCUCUCUCUCUCUCUCUCUCUCUCUCUCUCUGUGUAUUAUUCUCAUUGAUUCUUUUUCUUUCUUUCUUUCUCUCUUCCGUCAUUAUUUUCUCUUUACAGUUUUUCUUUCUUUCACCUUUCUUCUAUCUGUCUCUCUUCCUUUCUUUCUUUCAAUUUAUCUCUAUAUCUCUCUUCCAUUCUUUCUUUCACUUUUCUUCUCUCUCUUCUUUUCUCUCUCUCACUUUCCUCUCCCUCUCCCACUCUCUUUCUCUCUCUUCCUUCCUUUCUCUAACAUCCCCUCUUUCUCUCUUUCUUCCUUUCUUUUCUCUUUCAGUUUUCUACUCCCUCUCUCUCUCUCUCUCUCUCUCUUCCUUUCUGUCUUUCAAUUUAUCUCUAUAUCUCUCUUCCAUUCUUUCUCUCACUUUUCCUCUCUCUCUCUCUUCUUUUCUCUCUCUCACUUUCCUCUCCCCCUCUCUCUCUCUUCCUUAAUUUCUCUCACAUCCCCUCUUUCUUUCUUUCUUCCUUUCUUUUCUCUUUCAGUUUUCUAUUCCCUCUCUCUCUCUCUCUUCCUUUCUGUCUUUCAAUUUAUCUCUAUAUCUCUCUUCCAUUCUUUCUCUCACACUUCCUCUCUCUUUUCUUUUCUUUUCUCUCUCUCACUUUCCUCUCUCUCUCUCUUUCUCUCUCUUACUUUCUUUCUUUCACUUUUCCACUCUCUAUCUCUCUUCCUUUCUUUCUUUCUUUCUUUCUUUCAAUUUAUCUCUAUAUCUCUCUUCCAUUCUUUCUCUCAAAUAUCUCUCUCUCUUUUCCAUUCUUUCUUUCUUUCUUUUCCUCACUCUUUUCUUUCUCUCACUUUCCCUCUAUCUCCCUUCUUUUCUUUCUCACUUUUACCCUUCUCUAUCUUCCUUUAUUUCUUUCACUUUUCCCCUCUCUCUUGCUUCCUUUCGUUCCCUUACUUUCCUCUCUCUCUCUCUCUCUCUCAUGCGCAUUUCCUUACUUUCUCUCAUUUCUCUCUCACUUUCUUUCGCUCAUUCUCACCCUCUCUUUCUUUCUACAUCUUAUGCGCCUUCAUUUUCUUUUAA